AUGUACAUUGCAAAGAACGCAUUCACACCAGCUGAGUUUGAAAUGGGAUGGAAUAAAGUGAUAGAGGAUUACAAUGCUAGCGGAGAAGAACACCUAAGCAAGUUAUUCAGGAUAAGACACAGGUGGGUACCAGCAUACUUCAUGGAUAAAUUUUUCCCAUUCUCAUCAAGCACAGGAAGGAGCGAGAGCACAAAUAACAUGUGGAAAUGCUAUAGCCAGCACACAGACACGAUAACAAUGUUCCUUGAACAAUAUGAGGUCAUACAAGACAAGUGCUUAUCUGCCCUGGACAAGAAGAAGCUCACAUCAACACUGAAAACAGCAAAAUUAGUAACAAGACAUCCGUUUGAGAAGCAAGCUCUUGAACAAUUCACAAAUGACAUAUUCGAGAAGUUCCAGAUUGAGAUCACAAACAACACGGCAUUCAAGGUAGAUGGAUCACUUGAACCUGGUCGCCACCUGCGGCUGAAAAGAAUAGUGAAAUUCUACAACCACAUGGAAUUCAAAAGGGAGUUGUUUGACGUCACAUUUGACGAUGAAAAAAAAAACUUCAUGUGUUCCUGCAAAAAGAUGCAGACGGAUGGUAUACAUUGCUGCCAUGUAAUAAAAGCAAUGGUUCACAUGGAGAUCAAUGAUUUGCCAGAGAGUUUUGUGAUUGAAAGAUGGAGAAAAGACAUAAACAUGGAACUCGCAACAUUAGGAAAUGUCGCAGAUGCUUCUUGCGGAGACGAAACACUAAAGUUUGCCGGUGUGAUGAGCCAUAUGGCAGAACUUUGCAACAAAGCGUGCCCAAAUGACAAAGCAUACAAUGUCAUGAUUCAGUUUAUGCGUGAUAUGGAAACAAAAGUGCUGGCAGCAAUAAGAGAAGAUGAAGGAGCUAAAAAACUUCAUGACGAAGAAACAGGUAGCAACGAAACAUUGCGUGACCCACCAAUGUCCGACAGAAGAGGAACAAAAGGAGGGGACAGAAUGAUGCCAGACGUCGACGAUGAACAAAGGAUAUCAAAAGGAGAGCAACAAAAGUAG